AUUCUCAUUUCUCACGAAAUAAAAGCCGAGCUAGCAGUACAUUUCUCAGAGAGAGAAUUCCGCGAAGAGAGAGAAAAUAUAAUUGUCUGGUGAAAGUUACAGAGAAAGUUAGAGAGAGAAAACCGAAGUUUUCUAGGGUUUUAGACAUGGCGGAGCAUGAAGCACCUAAGGCUGAAUCAAUAAUGGAGAAGAUCGCUGAUAAAAUUCAUCAUCAUGAUUCUUCUUCUGAUUCCGAUGACGAUAAACCUGCACCUUCUUCUUUGAAAUCAAAGAUUUAUCGUCUUUUUGGCAGAGAUAAGCCGGUUCACAAGGUUCUCGGUGGUGGUAAACCUGCGGAUAUACUUCUGUGGAGGGAUAAGAAGAUUUCGGCUACAGUUCUUGGGACUGUCACAGCUGUAUGGGCUCUGUUUGAGAUAUUUGAGUACCAUUUGCUCUCGUUGAUAUGCCAUCUUCUAAUGCUUACCAUUACCGUGCUAUUUUUGUGGUCGAACGCAUCAACUUUCAUCAACAAGGCUCCCCCUAAGAUUCCUGAUGUACGGAUCCCUGAAGGCCCUGUCCUUGAAAUUGCAUCGGCCUUGAAAUAUGAAAUUAAUCGAGGCCUUGCAUCUCUUCGUGAGAUUGCAUCAGGAAAAGACCUGAAAAAGUUUCUUGCUGUUAUUGCUGGCUUGUGGAUUUUCUCAAUCUUGGGCAGUUGCUGCAACUUCUUGACUUUGUUCUACAUAUGCUUUGUUAUGCUUCACACCUUGCCUGUGCUCUAUGAGAAAUACGAGGAUCAAGUAGAUGCAUUUGCUGAGAAGGCCAUGAUUGAGAUCAAGAAGCAAUAUAUAGUCUUUGACGCAAAAGUAUUGAGCAAGAUCCCAAGGGGUCCGUUGAAAGACAAGAAGGCAGCUUAAUGUGGUAUGUUGUUACUGGUAUGAGGUUUUGAUGGCCAGAAUAUACAUGGUAGGCGUGUUUUGUCCAGUGUAUUAUGUUAUUACUUGGGUAGAACUACCUCUUGCUGGAUUUUGCAAGCAGUCUGGAUUUAUAAAGAAAACAAUUAUGGAUAUUUUCAUACUAAACAUUAGAUGACAGUAUUUUUAUUAAUACAUAUGUGAUUUCUGAGA